GCGCGCGGCGCGGGGGCGGGGCGGGUCCCGUCGGGCGGCGCGGCAGCAUGGAGGGCCGGCUGCCCUACGACGACUUCCCGGUGGUUUUCCUGCCGCCCUACGAGAGCCCGCCCGCCUGGGUGCCGCCGCAUGAGAGGGUGUUCCACCCCGACUACAACAGCGAGCUCACCCAGUUCCUGCCCCGCACCGUCGUCCUGAAGAAGCCGCCCGGGGCGCAGCUGGGCUUCAACAUCCGGGGAGGAAAAGCCUCGCAGCUGGGGAUCUUCAUCUCUAAGGUGAUCCCUGACUCAGAUGCGCACAGAGCUGGGCUGCAGGAAGGGGACCAGGUGCUCUCGGUGAAUGAUGUGGACUUCCAGGACAUUGAGCAUAGCAAGGCUGUGGAGAUCCUGAAGACAGCCCGUGAAAUCACCAUGCGCGUGCGUUACUUCCCCUACAAUUACCAGAGACAGAAGGAAAGAACUGUUCACUAGUAGGCAGCUGUCUGCUGGAUCUCCAGAGUGGCUGUCCUGCAAAAAAUUCUCCACUACUUUUCCUCAACAUUUGAGAUGACAUAUCAAGUUUCAGCUGUCACUGGACAUAAAACUGUCCUGUUGGCUGCACAGGCAUCAGCUCCCCUUCCUGCAUGGAGGGAUGCCAACAGAGUCUUAUUUAGCUGGAAGAUGGAUGGGGCUUUAGUCUGUACUCCUGGAACUGGGUGUUGAAACAAGCUGAUGUGGAAGUGGGUACCAGAGGGCAGCUUCUCCAGCAAGAUCUGUGCUUCUCUUCUAGUAGGAUUUAAAGGAGUGCUCUGCUGGUGGUUGUUAGGAUGUAAGGCCAAGAGGGACCGAGUGUCCUUGAGCAGAGCAUGGCCUUUGUCCUCCAAGAGAUCAACCUGUUCACUUCUCUGGUGACAUGAAAUUCUUUCCUUCUCCACUGUCCUACCUCUGCUCUACACUGCUGGGUUUGCUUGGGACUCAAGGAACAAGAGUAAAAUCCACUCGAACUCAGUGCACAUCUCUAGCUGCACUAGUCUGCUGAGGCACAUUUGUAACUCUUUGCUGCCUAAUGACCCCCAGGAUCCAGGAGCAAGAUGCCUGGAGCAUGUUUAUGAACUGCUGUGGGCCCUUGGCCAGGUUUCCUCCGGGGUGGUGCUUGCACUGUUAAGGGUUGUGCUCGCUGAACCUGCUUCCUUCACCUGGCACAGCCCUGUCCCUGUCACGUGCUCUCACCACAACUCCCCACCGCUCUCAGACUUCUACCCUUUGCUCCACUCCAAGAAAGGGGAGGAAGCCUGCUGUGUCCUAUGCUGGGAGAGCACAGGUGAAAACAUAAUCAUUAUUGGCAAAGCUGGGUACAAAUGCAUGGUAGUAUCACAUUGUUAAUGGCAUCAGGACAGCCCUUGCUAUGGCCUUCUGCGUGGUGUUUCCCGCUUACCUGUAAUAACUGAAAUAAUAAAAUGAAUACAGCAACCAGAA